AUGGAGAAUCAAGGGCAAGACAAUUACACUGCACCAGCUGAGAUCUCAAUGCCCCUGGAGAUGGAGAGUCAAGGGCAAGGUGAUCCCAUUGGAGUUGUGACCUCGAUGGCACUGGAGAUGUUGAUGAGCGAUCAUAUUACUUGCGAGAAAAAUGUAAGUGGUGGCAUGCAAAAGCCAAGCGGCCGGAAAUUUCCUAAGGAUUUUGUGUUUGGGACGGCAACAUCUGCUUAUCAGAUUGAAGGUGCAGCAAAGGACCAUCUAUCUGGGAUACUUUCACGGAGAGAUAUCCUGGUGAAAGAUGGUAGUAAUGGGUAUGUGGCGGCUGAUUCUUAUCAUCUAUUCAAGGAAGACGCGAAAAUCAUGAAGAAAAUUGGACUAAAAGCGUACAGAUUUUCAAUUUCGUGGUCUAGAAUGUUGCCAAAUGGAAAACUAAGUGGAGGUGUGAAUAAGGAAGGAAUCAAGUACUAUAACAACCUCAUAGACGAGCUUCUCGCCAAUGGUAUAGAGCCCUUUGUAACCCUUUUCCACUGUGAUCUUCCUCAAUCUUUACAAGAUGAGUAUGGUGGUUUCAUAAGUGCCGAAAUUGUGGUUGAUUUCUGCAAUUACGCGGAGCUUUGUUUUUGGGAAUUUGGUGAUCGAGUCAAGCACUGGAUAACGUUAAAUGAGCCAGUGAUUUACAGCAUGUUCGGUUAUGCUUUGGGUACCUUCCCACCAGGUCGAGGCCAUUCUUCGCCAGAAAAUGUAAAACUUGCCCUCACUUCUCGCUGA